GACCGCGCCACGGGAGGGACAUUGGACGAGUCGUACACCUUCGCACCGAAAACAAACCUACACAGGCCCAAGGGACGAAGCAAUUCCUCGGAGGACUACUCAGUGACAAUGCCUGCUGAUAUUCCUGGUGCCAAUUUGUACUUCGCGGUCCCGUCGGCGUCGCAGGCAAACAGAAAGCCAUCGUUAUGCCACUCCCAACGUUUUCGCAAAAGUCAAAACUCCCGCAGCUGUGCAAAUACAAGCCGCAAUACUCGUUUUUAUGCGGUUCGAGAUGACACCGAGGAGGACUUUGACUUGCCCAAGCAAAGAACGGACGAGGGAGGGCGGUUCGCGGCUCGGGUGGCCGUAGACAUGGGGAAGACACUCUGGUCAUCCUUCCGCACACACCACAACCAGCUUCCAGCUCACCCACAACACUGCGACUCCGACGUGGACCCAUCCCACGGUAGUUUGGAUCAGUCCUCAUCCCCUGCGGUCUCCCCUGAGGAGGCCACUGUUGGCAUCGGGGCGGGUUUCCACAGGAAGAAAACACACUUCCCAUCGCGAGCACCUGUGCGACAUGCAUCUUUCACGACUGCUUCACUUCACAAUCAUGCGCGGGAUGGGCCAAGGGUGGUAGUUGAUGGAUAUAGGGGCAAAGACGCGAAGCACGGAAAUCAUCGCAACGACAACCAGGACGACAGCGAUACCCUUUUGGUACACAAAUCAAGGUCCAUCAAAAACGUCCCCACGGGAGCCGGUGACUGCGAAAAAGGCGUCGAAUCGCCAGGAUUUGAGCUUGAGGGAAAUUCCUGGAGCGUCCGGGUAGGUUUGGAGCGUCCGUUUCCCCCUGACGCCACCGCCGCUGCUUCCCUCUCCCUUCUCAAGUCGAAGCUCAAGCAACGUAAAUCCUCUCCUUCCUCUUCUUCCUCUCCAACCUCCGCCCCUGCCCGCAUCCCGCUCCGCCCCACUAAAUCCGCUCCUCCGCGCUGCUCUCCUCCGUCACACUCGCAGGAGUCAAUUGCGCCGGGAGUAGGGACGGGGAAGGGGAAGACAUGGUCUUGCCUGAACCAAGAUGGUCGUGUGCCGUCGUCCAACGCCCGUGUGGGCCAGAAAAGCGUCCCCCGAACAGCACGCUUUCAGUCACGAUGGCACGACGAAGACGGAGGGGAGGAGGAACCGGACAAGGAGGAGGAAAAGGAAGCAACCUCCGCUUUUUCUUCCUCUCCUUCCCCCCAAGGUACCGUCCACCUAGUCCCAUGUCCUUCCUGCGGCCGAAAAUUCAAUGAACGGGCCCUUUUAGUGCAUCAGCGCGUGUGUGAGAAGGUCUUCCGUUCCACCCGCCCUGCAUACAAUUCACGGCAACACCGCCUGCGUGGCUUCGAGUCCGGAACAGGCCCCAAGGCGGAGGCCUCCUCUUCCUCAUCCAGUCGCUGUGGUCGAGGAGUGGGCCGAAGGAAGAAGGGGGGGAAGGGGAGGGGCAAGGAAGAGGAUACCCCAGAGGACGGAUUCUCCAUGCCAUGUGAACCUUCCACACAAGUCCCGGCGGCCACGCCCUCUUCCUCUGCCCGGCCGACGUCGGAAUAUCGGGCAACAAGGCAUUCCACGCGGAAGGACAAGGAUGACCAGCGCAGCACGGGGUCAUCCUCCCGUCCUGCCUAUCCGGAGCCCGUCCAUCGGAAAGCGUUGUCUCCCAUGACAACCUCUCCCUCUGAACCCAAUUCCCAGGGAAAGAAAUGGUUGGAGCAAUCCCAAAAUUUCCGGACCAUGCUCAGAGCCAACCGUUUGAUCGCGGACGCAGAACGGAAAGGCCGCCCGGUGAGCCCCACAUUGCUUGCUGUGCUUGCGUCAUCUGCCAGUGCGGCAUCAGGACACUCCAACCAACAUCUGAUUCCCUGUCCUCACUGCGGUCGACGAUUCAACGAGCAGGCCGCAGAUCGGCACAUUCCAAAGUGCCAGGAUAUCAAGGCCAAACCGAGCAUGCUGCGCAAGGGAGAGGGCAUCUCUCUCGGGGCAGCCUCACGUAGGAGCAAGGGUGAAGGAGGACGAGGGAGGAUCAUUAACGGGGGGUUGGCACCACGAGGCUCACCGAGAGGGAAAGGACUCAGAGCAGAGCGGAAAGUAUUGUAGUUGAAAAUUUUGAAACAUUGAUAGUGGUCGUUUUGAGCCCGGGUCGUUUUGAGCCCGUGUCGUGUUUUUCUUCCCGCACGGCAUAUGAGGCCGAAGGGGCGUUACCGAAACACACAAGCAAGACAUGCCAAAACUACGCAAAAAUUUAACAAAUGGCGACGCCUAUCAUUUAAAAAAAAUCCCACACGAAUG